GUUUGUUGGCUGUCACAUUGGUGGAACUGUGUAAAUGGCUAACUGAGUUCAAAUUUAGCCUGCAGAAUGAACUCGCUGCGUGAAUUGUUUGUGAAUUUGUCGCUUGGAAAGCAAUUGCUUUCGACAAAGAAUCAAUUGCCGAUAACUAGUUUGGAACGUUUUUACAAGUAUAAGCCACAUGACAAGCCAACACCAAAACCAGGCGGUGGUAAACAAUUUCGACGAUUGGUGCACUAUCCUGAGAAUAAAAAGUAUACAGUGAAGCCAUUGGAUGUAACGCAUUUGGCAGGUCGUGACCCAGAAACAGGUCGUGUGGCUGCAAAAGGUAUUGGCGGUGGAGUAAAACACAAAUUUCAUUGGGUGAAAUAUGAUCGUGAUGGUCCGGAAGAAGGACCCGCGCAAGAGGAGAGAGUAAUCGAUGUCAUGUUUGAUGGGCAUCGAUCGGCCAAUAUUGCACUUGUUGGUAACAAAGAUAACCUACGAUACAUUAUUGCAACCGAAAAUAUGAAAGUCGGCGAUAUCAUCAAAACAUCACGCGCAAUCCCACGUAAUCCAGUUCGAGCAAAUGAGGGAGACGCAUAUCCAUUGGGUGCGCUGCCAAUUGGCACAAAAGUGCAUUGUAUUGAACAAACGCCCGGUUUCCCGUAUCAUAAAAUCAGAGCGGCCGGUACAUAUGGAACGAUUCUUCGUAAAUUCGAAGGACAUGUCGUCAUCUUGGAUACCCGAAAGCAUGAAUUGGCUUUCAGCGAAACGUGUAUGGCAACUGUGGGUCGUGUAUCAAACAUUGGACACCAGGAUGUCAAACUUGGUUCUCAUCAGAAAAACCGUGAGCUCGGAAAUCGGCCACGUUCGGGGUUGUGGCAACGAAAAACUGGCCGAUUCGGUCGCAAAAUCCGACCACUACCACCAAUGCGUUUUGUAUCUGGUUUGCCAGCUGCUGCCCCGGAAAAAUUAGUCCUAACAAUGACUCCUCACCCAGAGCCGGUUCCAAUUUAUGGAAACUCCUUUUAAAUAAAACUGUUAUAAUAUAUGUUUAGAAAUUGAAUGAAGAAGAAAAAAACACAUUUUUCAAACGAACA